AUGGAUGUAUUGUUUGCUCUUGAACUGGAAAUUCAAAUCAACCUAAACGUGGAUCUUGCCUGGACAUUGGACUCCUUAACAUGCCUGAGUACAACCCGAUUUAAAUAGUGCAUCAGUGGCCUUUUCAUCGAGAGCCCGCCGGUGCAUCACACACACCGCCCCUCACACUCACUGCUUCUCUCCUCCGAGCAGCCAGAGAGAGAGAGAGAGAGAAAGAAACACACCGAGGAGGAGGAGGCGAGAGAGAGGAAACGGAGCUGUGGAGAUGUCGAGCAUCAACAUGGAGCCGAGACUACCGCUGCUGCUGCUGCUGUUACCGGGGCUCUCCUGGUUCCUCCUGGCCGUCCUAACACCAACCGUCCUCGGUCUGCACGGAGACGACGACCCGGGCCAGGACACCGAGUGUAAGAUGAAGAGCGUCACCGUGUCUGCGCUGCCGUUUCUGCGGGAGAACGACCUGAGCAUCAUGCACAGUCCGUCGGCCUCCGAGCCCAAGCUGCUCUUCUCCGUCAGGAACGACUUCCCCGGAGACGUGGUGGUGGUGGACGACCUGGAGAACACCGAGCUGCCUUUCUUCGUCUUAGAGAUCUCUGGCAAUUCAGAGGACAUCCCUCUGGUGCGCUGGAGGCAGCAGUGGCUGGAGAACGGCACUCUGCUCUUCCACAUCCACCACCAGGACGGCAGCGUGAACCCCCCGGAGCCGACCACGGACCCCGACAACGAUUCUGCGAAGGAGGAGCUCCGCAUCCUGCACAUCUCAGUCAUGGGCGGGAUGAUCGCCCUUCUGCUGUCCAUCCUGUGCCUGGUCCUGAUCCUCUACACCCGCAGGCGCUGGUGUAAACGCCGACGCAUCCCUCAGCCCCAGAAGAGCGCCAGUGCUGAGGCGGCUAAUGAGAUCCACUACAUCCCCUCAGUGCUGAUGGGAGGACAGGCCCGGGAGAGCCUUAGGAACUCGCGGGGUCAGGGGCCGAACUCCAGCGGUACCCUCAGCAUCCGGGAGACGCCGAUUUUGGACGGGUAUGAGUACGACAUUACCGACCUGCGUCACCAUCUGCAGCGAGAGUGUAUGAAUGGUGGCGAGGAGUUUGCCAGCCAAGUCACCCGUACCCUGGACUCCCUCCAGGGCUGUAAUGACAAGAAUAAUAUGGACCUCACACCUGUGAGCGACAACACCAAGCUGGCCCUAAUGAACAAAUACAAGGACAACAUCAUCGCCACGAGUCCCAUCGACAGCAACCACCAGCAGAACACCCUGCUUCCGCACAACACCUCCACCAGCCAACGCAAGCGCCUCUCCAGCAACACCCGUGCGGGUUCAACUUUCUUGAACCCUGACGGGGAUUCUGGAACGGAGGCAGACAGCGAGCCUCAGCUGGCCUUUUACACCGACCCAAACCGCAGUCGCCGCCGGAGUCGAGGUAUGAGAAAUGGUAACGCCAACAGCGCGUGGGGCUCAGGGGCAGCAGGUUCCCCGCGGAGCCCCAUCAAUAAGACCACCCUGACUUUGAUCAGUGUCAUCAGCUGCGUGAUCGGCCUGGUUUACUCCUCUCACAUGUCCUGCACCAUCGCGGUCCGGGUAAUCCUACAUGUGCCAGAGCACCUCAUCGCUGACGGAUCGAGGUUCAUUUUGCUGCAGGGGAGCCAGCUGGACGCGUCAGACUGGCUGAACCCGGCCCAGAUCUUGUUGUAUUACCAGCAGAACGCCAGCGGGCCCUGGCUCAACGAGCUGUGUGGACGACGCCUCCUGGACCCCUGUGAGCACCAGUGUGACCCGGAGACAGGAGAAUGCCUUUGCCUCGACGGCUACAUGAAGGACCCGGUCCACAAGCACCUCUGCAUCCGCAGCGAGUGGGGGCCCAAUCAGGGUCCCUGGCCUUACACCAUCUUCCAGCGCGGUUUUGAUCUUGUGAUGGGAGAACAGCCCUCUGAUCGCAUUUUCAGAUUCACAUACACCUUAGGAGAGGGGAUGUGGCUGCCAUUGAGUAAAAGCUUUGUCAUCCCCCCCGCUGAGCUCGCCAUCAACCCCUCAGCCAAGUGCAAGACGGACAUGACGGUCAUGGAGGACGCGGUGGACGUACGAGAGGAGCUGAUGAUCAGUUCAUCCUUUGACUCUCUGGAGGUUCUCCUGGACUCGUUCGGGCCCGUCAGAGACUGCACCAAAGACAACGGAGGCUGCAGCCGCAACUUCCGCUGCAUAUCUGACCGAAAACUGGACUCCACCGGAUGCGUGUGCCCUCCGGGGUUGAGUCCUAUGAAGGAUGGGACCGGGUGCUACGACCACCACAUCGGCAUCGACUGCUCCGACGGUUUCAAUGGAGGAUGCGAGCAGCUGUGUCUCCAGCAGCUGGCUCCUCUGGAGGAUGACCCCACACUCUACAACAUCCAGAUGUUCUGUGGGUGCAUCGAGGACUACAAGCGCGGCCCAGAUGGGAGGUCGUGCCUGCCGCUGUCUGAGGCCUGCACUGAGGGAAUAGACUGCGGGGAGGCGGCGGACAUCCCCGCUAACCAGACUGUGUUCGGAGACCUUUUCUACGGAUACAACAACCACACCAAAGAGAGCACCUCCGGACAGAUCCUCAAGGCCACGUUCAGGCAGAAGAACUUUGCCCGAGGCAUCGAGCAGCAGCUCCCAGAUGGCAUGGCGGUGGCGUCGGUGCCAACGGAGGUCCAGUGCCACGAGGAGCUGUCGGACCCCGUCCCCGACCCAGAAUACCUCACAGGCAUGGUGAACUACAGCGAGGUGACCGGCUACCCCCUCGUUCAGCACUGGAGUCUUCGCUCGGUGCUGUACCACGUCAAACUCAAUCAGUGGGUCCUCUCUCAAGCCUUCAGCUCGGCCAUCCAUUCUCUGGACGGGGCGACGCAGCGGAGCGACUUUGUCUCCAUCCUCAGGGAGUUUGGGAACCACUACGUGCAGGAGGCGGUGUACGGCUUCCAGGAGUCCUGUACCAUCUGGUACCCCAACAAGCAGGUCCAGAGACAGCUGUGGCUGGAGUACCAGGACAUUAGCAAAGGUAACUCGCCUUCGGAGGAGUCGGAGGAGCGUGACAAGGAGCCGAGGACGCUGACCUACCCCGCGUAUAUCGCCAGCCUGCUGGACACGGGCGCGAAGCGCAUGGCAGCCGGCGUCCGCAUGGACUGCAACAGCCAGGGCCAGUGCCCGCGCUCCUGCCACCUCUGCCACAUGAGCCCGAGGGUGGUGCAGGGGCGGCAGCAGUCGGAGCCGGUCCUGCUGCAGAUCACCAAGGCCGCGCCCAUCUAUGAACUGGUGUCCAACAAUGAGACCUACCAGGCUCUUCAGGAGGCCAUGAUGAGCAUGCUGUGGUGUUCGGGGAAAGGUGAUGUAAUCGAUGACUGGUGCCGUUGCGAUUCCAGCGCUUUUGGCACAGACGGACUGCCCACCUGCGCCCCACUUCCCCACCCUAUGCUGAAACUGUCUUACACCUACGAGCCCAGCAGCUCAUUGGUCAUCAUGGAGUGGAACCACACGGAGCCGCCAAUCGGCGUGCGGAUCGUCGAUUACCUCAUUAGCCAGGAGAAGGUGACGGAGAGGACCGACCACUCCAAAGUCGAGACAGUUCGCAGUGGAGGCAUACGAGAACAAAACCGUUUUCGUCAAGAAUUCAAGGUAACACGGGAAACCCUUCUGAGCUUCGUGGAUGACAUCCUGUCUGGGGCCAGGUCUCCAUGUGUGAUGUUAGGGGACAUCCCCAACCUCCUGUCCUCCUCCAUCAGCAUGAUCAUCCGCUGCCUGGAGCCUGACACCACAUACAUGUUCCGGCUGUGGGCAGUAGACAACACAGGGCGGCGUUCCAGUCCAAGUGAGGUCACCAUCAAAACUCCGUGUCCAACUGUGGAUGACGUCAAAGCACAAGAAAUAUCCGAUAAGAUCUACAACCUGUUCAAUGGUUACACCAGUGGGAAGGAACAACAGACAGCCUACAACACCCUGAUGGACCUGGGCGCUCCCACACUCCACCGCGUGCUCUACCACUACAACCAGCGCUACGAGAGCUUCGGAGAAUUCACCUGGAGGUGUGAGGAUGAACUGGGACCCAGGAAGGCGGGCCUCAUCCUCUCUCAGCUAGACGAACUGUCCCCGUGGUGUAAAGGUCUCCUCCAGGAGCAGAAGAUCGGCCUUCGCAGGAUGUCCCUCAAGUUCCUGUCCUGCCGUUACACCGACACCAAGGCCUUCGGGCUCAACUGGUCCAACAUGGGCCAGGACGUGCACAAGGCCUGUGACGAGCAGACGCUCACUGUCAUGUAUAACGACUACGGCGAGCCCAAGGAGCUGUAAGAUUAUUAUCAAAGGUUUCAGUUUGGAUGCGUAUACAGGAAUAUGGGAGAUUUGUCAAAGCCAACAAAGUAACAAAUAAAAUGCAGGUUUCACAUUUGUUUCAAUAAGCUAUCUGCAUUUAUGGUGUCAUAAGUAAAAGCUAAACAUGAUUUGAAAUGCCAUUUACUCUAUUUAGCUUGACCAUAUUAUUGGUAAAUGUAUUCCAAAGUCUAAUCAGAGCUUCCAGGUAGGAGAUGAUCUCUGAAGUCUGAUAAUCAUCUAAUAAACUGUGUUGCUCUUUGUUUGAGCUACGCUGAAGUCCAUUCCUCUCUUGCAAUGAUGAGUGAAAAUGAUUGCAAACUUGACACAUUCUGCAGAUGCUUCACAGUAAAAGCCUUCCUUCUUUCAUUUCGGUAUAUGAUGAUUAAUAAUGACGCUAAGGCUGUCAAUUGAUUACAAUAUUUAAUAAUGAUUAAUCGCAUGAUUGUCCAUAGUUGAUCACGAUUAAUUGCAAA